AUGGAUUUGAACUCUAUCUCCGCGAAUCCAGAGCUCCCACCAUCACAAGCCGCUCCCAUCCUUCGAAAACCUACAAUCUCAAAUCUUCCAAAUAGUCAACAGGUCAUCUUGAGUUUGGAACCAGCUCAGCAGAGUACCGUAGCACCGGAUCGGCUCGAGAUCUUGCAAACCCAGUACCAUGCUGCAGCAGCAGAAAUUAACUUGUUGGUCGCUGAGUUGAAGAAGGCCGAACAACGCAGAGACGACCUGGUGAUUGAAGUUCGGCGCGUCCACAAAGAGGAACUAGAGGAGGAGCUUCACGAGCUGGUUGCUACGAUGGACAAUUGUGUCCAAGAGGUUAAAAAUCUGAAGUUCCUUUACGAUAGUCUUGAGACUCCGGCUCGUUGCGAGCAGAAAGAAGCUCUGGUGCGAAGGAUGCAUGAACUGAACUGUACGUUCAACGAUUGUAGUAAAAAGGCAGACGGAGUGGCAGCGCAUCACCGUCGCCUCACUGAAGCCCAAGGGGUCACCAUCACCCUCUUCCAGCGCUUGGUAGCACGGCUUAUGUGGAUGCGGAGAUGUGGCAUCGGCGCAAUUCCAAGAGUGCAACAACCAGCAGCAAAGGCGGAGGCAGCUUCUCGCCCCGACGGCAAGAAUCGCAAAACCGACUAA